UUUCAUUUUCAAACGACAACAUUAUUUGUGAAUGAUCCAUUAUCUGAUAAAAAAAAAACCAACCCAAAAAAUAUUGUUUUGCCACUCCUUCAAUCUACAUCCAAAAAUUUUUUUUAACCCCGGAUAAUCCUUUCGAUGAUAUCGUCGAGGAAAUAAACAACACAUUUUCUUUCCGAUUGGAAAUUUUAUUUGAUCAAUCAAAUUCCAUUCUUCUUUGCAAUCUUGGUAUCAAAAAAUAUCUUCUUUCAUCUUUUUUUGUUUGUUUGUUUCGUGAAUGUAUUUCGAUAAUCAACAUCGAAUCAAUCAUUAUCGAUUAUAUUCAAAUGGACAACAACAACAACAACAACAAAAAAACUUGAUUUAUCGUCGUCAAUUGUGUUCAAAUAAAUCGGCAACCAUGAUUUGCUUAAGAAUUUGGUUGUUGUUUUUGAUGAUGAUGAUGAUGAUGGCCACAACCAGUAUUUUUAAUUCUUUUUGGAUGGCCGAAGCAUAUAGUAGUGGUGCACCAAAUAAUCAAAAAGUUUGUACAACAAUGAUACCUGGACAUGGUAAACAACAAAAUACAUUAUCACCAUAUAAAUUAACCAUCAAUAUAAUCAAUGAUAAUCGCCAUUAUAAACAGCAAAUAAUUUUGAUUGAUCUUGAAGCAACAGCACAUGUUACAUUUGCCGGUUUUAUUGUACAAGCUAAAAGAAAUGAUGAUGAUAUUUAUCAAAUUAUUGAUGAUGAUGGUUAUUUUGAACGUUUAACAAAUAAUACAAUAACAAAAAGUUGUUUAUCACAUAUACAUAAUACCUGGACACAUGCAGAUGGUGAACCAAAAACUCGUGUAUCGGCAAGAUGGAUACCAAAUACACCGACAUUUAAUGGAAGCCUUUAUUUUCAAGCAACCGUUGUACAAGUAAAACAAGCAUAUUGGAAUGAUAUUCGUUCAGAACCAAUCUAUUUUUUGAAUGGUUAUCGUACGGAUGAAUCAUCAUAUUCAAAAUUGAUUGAUAAUCAUAAUAAUCAACCAAUCGAAAUAAAUAAUAAUGAUUCACCAAAAAUCGAUAUUGAUUAUGAUCAAUGUUCGAACCGGUUAUGUAUUGGAUUGGCCAAUAAUAAUGAUAAUGAUGAUAAUAGCAAUUGCGUUGGCAGUAAAUCCUGUCGUGCAUUAAUGUCAGUUUGGAAAAAUGAAAAUGGUGAAAAUGAUUUCAGCAUACAAGCUAAACAAUCGACUAUGGCCAAUUUAUAUUAUUCGAUGGCAUUGUCCGAUGAUAAUCGUAUGGGCAAUGAUUUUGUUGUCGAUUGUCUAGUCAAUUCAAAUGGUCAUGUUAUGGUUGAUCUAAGUCAAAAUUUUGGAAAAUCAAAUGAACAAUUAUCUAGAAAAGAAAAGAUGGAUAUUCUUCAGGAACAAAAUGGACAAUUUAUCGAUGGUAUUGUUCGAUGUAAUUGGCGAUUUGUUCCAAGAAAAUUUCGUGUUGGAAAUAAUGAUUAUGAUAUUUCGAAACGUUCAUAUCAUAUAUUUUUAGCAUCAGGAUCAUAUGAUACUGAUGGUCAAGAAAAUCAUAAAGAAUAUCAUGAUAUUAAAUUACGAACAUCCGAACCGAUUGAUCUAUCAUCAAUUACUGCCGGUAGUUUGCAGGUCAAAGAUCUUAGCGUAUUGAUUCGUGUACAUGGAUGUUUUAUGUUGAUCGCAUGGUUCGGUACGGUACCUAUUGCAAUUACAUUGGCCCGUUAUUUCAAAACAGCCUGGCCUGGUCGUUUACUUUGUGGUGUUCAAAUCUGGUUUGCUUUUCAUCGUUGUCUAAUGAUAUUUAGCAUCUGUUUAAUGAUUAUUGCACAGAUUUGUAUCUUUUAUUAUAUUGGUGAAUAUCGUUUGGGUAUACAUCAAAUUCUUGGUUCAAUUGCAUUUACAUUGGCCAUAUUACAACCGAUUGGUGCUCUAUUUCGACCACAUCCUGGUACACCAAAACGUUGGCUUUUCAAUUGGGCACAUUGGUUUGGUGGUACAGCCGGCCAAAUUACUGCUGCUGCUGCCAUACUAUUAGCAAGUAAACUUAAACUUGCAAAUCUUCCCGAUUCAUUCUUGUACAUAGCUAUUGUUUGGAUAUUCUGUCAUGUUAUUUUACAUUUAUUAUUUCAAUUUCAUUCAUUUUGUACAUCAUCCUCAUCAUCAUCGGUAUCUACGGUUUCUAAUUCAAAUGGUUUAAAAUCACCGGAUAUUGCAUUACAAGAAAUGCAUCAUAAUCAACGAAGUUUUUAUGGAAAUAAUAAUAUUAAUCAUCAUCAUCAUCAUCAUAAUCAAUCAUCAACAACAACAUCAUCAUUUCGUUAUUUUUUAUUGGCAAUUUAUAUUAUAUUGAUUGGAUUUUUUGUUACAAUUCUUGCCAUAUCUAUUGCAAUACCAUCAAUGUUAAAAAAUUUACUUUGAAAAAGAAAAUUUCAUUUUGGGCUAUGU